CUGGGCUCGGGGGAGGGUGGCAGCCGCUCGAGGCACCGGGAAUGGUGCGGGAGUGCACGGUGCUGUCAGUGACAGAGCCGAGUGUCAGCCAAAAAUAAUCCAGCAUCUUCAGAAUCAAUCCCUUCACAGGGAGUGAAAGAGAUUUAGACAAGCAAGUCGAAACAGACUGAAAAGAACCCACCACUUCUCGUUGGUACCAUUUGGAUUUCAGAAAAAACUAGGGAAAGCACUGAGAAUAUCAAGCAUCUCUAUGCCAUUCUCCUUUAACGCCACAACUGCAAUGUCAAGCAGGCAGAGCCAUUUGAAAUGAGUACACAUUCAAGCUAAAGAAGUCAGGAGACAUCAACAGAUAUGUAAUUCUAUUUGAUAACAAUUUGAAACUGUUUCCAAGAUCAAGGAAGUGUAUUAGCCAUGUUGACUUUAGCGAAAAAACUGAAGCGUGAAGAGGGCAUGAAAGGGAGAGGCAACACAAAUCCAGGGACGGACUCAUCCCGUCGUGUAUCCAUUAGAGAUAAGCUGCUCAUCAAAGAGGUUGCAGAACUUGAAGCAAACCUUCCCAGCACAUGUAAAUUGGAUUUCCCUGAUGCAAACAAACUUUAUUCCUUCCAGCUGAAUGUCAUGCCAGAUGAAGGGUAUUACCAGGGUGGCAAGUUCCAGUUUGAAACAGAUGUCCCAGAAGCCUACAAUAUGGUGCCUCCCAAAGUGAAAUGUUUGACCAGAAUUUGGCACCCCAAUAUUACUGAGACUGGCGAAAUCUGUUUAAGCUUGCUGAGGGAACACUCUAUUGAUGGCACAGGCUGGGCUCCAACCAGAACUCUAAAGGAUGUGGUCUGGGGAUUGAAUUCAUUAUUCACUGAUCUCUUGAAUUUUGAUGAUCCCUUGAAUAUUGAAGCUGCAGAGCAACAUCUGCGUGACAAGGAGGAUUUUCGGAGUAAAGUGCAGGAUUAUAUUAAGCGCUUUGCAAGAUGAUCAGAUGAACUGCCUUAUGAGACACUUUACUUCAAGCUGUAGAAGCCAAGUCUUCUGUCUUCUGAUGUCGAUCAUCAAUUAAACACUGGAUUGAGGCAGUCCAGUGACAGUGUUGUUAUGAAGAAGAAAGGCUGUUGGUGCUAUUUUUGAAUUCAGCGUCAAUACAGUACAGCAAGUGAUGGGCAACUUUGGGCUAAGAUUCAAGAAUAAUUACUCUUAUUGUGGCAAAAUAGUCGAGUUUUCUUCAAUUAUAAGGAUUGUACAGAGCAUCUGGAGUCUGUCUCUUUACUGAGUGAAUCAAAAUGGACAUUUUUCUAGUGUAAUCUGGUGUGGUAUGGAAACCACAAUAUUUUGCAACAAAGUGUCUUAAGACAGAAGUGUUUAAUUGAAGCAUUAACAGCAUGUGGCUUGCAAAUAUUAAACAACUGUGUGUGGAAAAUCCAGUGAGCAACACUUGAGCCAGUGUCUCUAUCCUCGGGUGGGGCACUGCCUUAAAUAAAUUGGACAUAUUACUUGG